AUGUUCCAUUUCCCAUCGCGCCAUCACUACCUCCACGAGUCCGCUAGCUAUACCGUGUCUUUCUCCAAACCAACCGGCCUCCACCCAACCCUAUCUAUAACCCUACCCCAAUCAGCCCUCGCAAGACCCCCUGCUCCGGAGCGCCAAGAGUGCGGUCUAAACACCUACCUCACCCUCCCCUCGGCUGUCUUCGGCGACCAAUACCAACUCGCAACGACAGACUCUCUCUUCCUCACCUCCCACAACCUCGCUAGGCUCCGCGCCUACGCCGGCGAAACAGACCUCGAGGCCCCAGACUGGGCAGUGCAACGCUGGGGCUCGACCUGGCUUUUCGAGCUCGCCACACCCGAAUCCCUCGACCAGGGAUCGAAUUGGACUGCUACAAUCCCGCUUCAUCUGCGGUACCUGGAUCCGUCAGAGUCAGGGUACAGGGCUGUAAAUGUGCCGUGGCCUGUCGUCUUCUGGGCUUGCAGCUCCGACGACGAGACGCCCUUGGGUGUGAACCCGUUCGACCGUACAAGCCUGGGCUGGGACAGUCUCUUCGGUCCACGGACGCUGUUCUACCAGCUUAGCCCUAACGGGGAGCGCCUUGUUGAAGAGAUCGAUGUUCCCGUGCUCCAGAAGAAGCCAGGAGAGGGUUUCUUCCAAACGCGCAACAUCGAGAUCGUGACGUCUGCCGUGAUUCUCCUAGGCUUCCUGUGGGUGCUCUGGCGGCUGGUGGCAGUGGCUUGGUUCUCUGGGAUCAGAACUACCAAACCGGCCAAAGCGAGCGACCAGAAGAAGAAAGAGUAA